GUUACAAAAAUAUAUAAAGUAUAAAAUAUAUAAAAUAUAUAUAUAAUUAAUAAUAAUUAGUGUCAUUAGAAUAAUUAGUGUCAUUGAAAAAUAAACUAAAUGCCGUUAAUGCAUAGUGUAUUAUUUUGGAUAAUGGUGAUUGGUAUUCCUUGCCUAGUAUGGAUGAUCGAUUAUUUGAUUACUUUUGCCUUGCGACUUUCACCUGCUGGGGGAGGGGGCGCGCUGCUCAGAUAAUACAGAGACUCAGCAGAUAUUGCAGCAGCUCCGUGUCCUGUGUCUUUUAUUGACUAUAUCUCCCCUAACCAGGCGGUCAGGGUACUACAUUUUGGAGGCCCCAGCGAGGAUGAAUGCAGUGCGAGUUGGCUUCCAGUGAUGACAGCCCUCCUCCAGUGCCAUUCAGCCUUAUACUCAGCCCAUGUGACCAGUGGAGUGAAGACGUUCGGUGUCCGUGUCGAGCCAGGAAGGAAAGUGCAAGCAAUCUGAGGUUUAUUUUCGAUACCAGGAACGCUGCAGGAUUCCAGCCUGCUAAGGGCAUUUCUUCUAUCACUUUGCAUACAUCGAGACUGAGUAACUCAUGGAUCACGUAGAGGAUCUGAAGCUUGAGGUUAUAGGAGCAGUAUAUGCUCUUUCACGAGAAAACUUGAUCGAACUCUGUAAAUUCCUAGGAAUUGAUUGUGAACAUGUCAGUAGCAAAAGCCGGUCAUUUUUUAUUUCUUUGAUUGUGAGACACAUUGAGAGAGAGGCAUUAGAGGAGCUUGAAGAUGAGGGUAUGGCAGAGCUUUUGUGUCUAAAAGACAAAAUCUGUGAAAUUCAGAGUGUUAAUGAAAACAGUGAUUCAGAAAGACAGACAGCACCAACCACUAAGAUAGUGAAUGUAAAUCUAGUAGCAGAAAACACAGAGCAAGAAAAACUGCAAAAAGAAAUUGACAAAUUACAAUCAGCAUUACAGAAGUUAAUAGUGCAAAAACAGAGAGCAGCUAAUCACACACCACAACACACGGGUACACAACAGAACAUAAGUACCAUACAGAGUUAUUCUAUAUUGCCAAGUCCAAAUGUACGGCCAGACACAAGCUCUGAUUUGCAGUUCAUGACACACAGACCAGUCAUGCCACCCUGGAACAGAGAAUUCAAGAUAUCAGGACAGAUAGGUGAACCUGGACAAAAAGAUAAACUCACCUUUUCAAGUUUGGCGCAUCAGAUCGAACAUGGAUUGAGCAGGGGAGUGUCAGAGCUUGAAAUAGUGGAUGCAGUAAUAAGAGCAAUCGCACCAGGCAUGCAGCUGCGUAGUUACCUGGAAGGAAAACCAAAUUUAACCCUCCCUGUGCUAAGACGUAUACUGAGGGCGCAUUAUCAAGAAAGAGGUGCAACUGAAUUGUACAAACAGCUUACCUCCGAGGCGCAAAGUAGUAAAGAGACCCCACAAAGUUUCCUAGUUCGGUGUCUUGAUUUGAGGCAAAAGAUCCUGUUUGCAUCCCAGGAAGCGGAAUCCAGUUUGAAAUAUGACCCAAACCUAGUUCAGAGCAUGUUUCUUCACACUGUCCUUACUGGCCUGCAAAAUGACAGUAUCAGAAGUGAUCUGCAACCUUACUUGAUGACUAUUGAUGUGAGUGAUGAAAUUCUUUUUGAUAAAGUCAAUGUUGCUUGUGCAAAUGAAACCGAGCGGCAAAACAAGAAGAAGCUGAUAUAUCAACACACCAAAGUGAAUCCAGUGCAGGUUAAUGAAGUUGCUGUUGAAAAGAAAGGAAAGACACAGUGUCACAAAAAACACAGAGAAAGUUGAACCUGACAUUUUGAGUGAGCUAAAGGAAAUGCGGUCUGACAUGGCAUUGUUGAAGGAUCUCAGUGUGGAGGUGUCUCAAAUUAAAGAAUCCAUUCUACAACCUCAGAUCAUGUCCACACAGUUUUCUGCCAAUGUGCGGGAUCAAACCAACAUGCCACCACCCCAGCCUCAGUACCCACCUCAACGUUAUUUGCAGCAAUAUGACAGGAGAAUGGGGGCAUUCCAGCAGCU